GCAAUGUAUGGAAAUUCAAGUAGCCAUGCUCGGGUGUUUAUACCGGCUUCGAGCCAACAGACUAUACCGUUCGGGGAAACACUAUGUGGAGCUGGAUCAGAUCUUAUCAAAACUGAAUUAGGUGCUUAUGGGGAGAAGAUAAUAGGAUCAGGGUCUGCCUAUGUGCAAAGCAAUAUUAGCAGAUAUUUCUCCAACCCCCACUACUAUUUUCAAGUGAAUGAGCAGUAUGUGAAGAACAAAUUGAAGGUGAUCUUGUUUCCAUUUCUUCACAGGGGACAUUGGAUGAGGACAACAGAGCCUGUUGGAGGCGAGUUCAUGUAUAAACCUCCAGUUGAUGAUAUAAAUGCACCUGAUUUGUACAUUCCAUUGAUGGCAUUUAAUACUUAUGUGGUUCUGGCUGGAUUCUUUUUGGGCAUCAAUGGAAAGUUUAGCCCAGAGGCAUUGGGUGUGCAGUUUAGCAAUGGACUACUGUGCUGGGUGUUGCAAAUCCUGGUUCUUGAAGCUACAUUGCACUCGUUGGGAGGUGGGGACAUACCGUUGCUUGACAUUGUGUCCUAUGGUGGAUACACUUUCACGGCGGCGUGUGUGAUCUUGGUUGCUAGGAUUAUGUGGAAUCACUGUUUCUAUCUAGUUACGUUGUGGGAGUGCUUCUGUAUGGGAGUUUUCUUGGUGAAGAUCACGAAGAGGAUUUUAAUUGCAGAGGUGAGAAGCUUUGACAACCAUUCAAGCAAGCGACACUAUCUCUUGCUUUUGAUGGCUAUUGCUCAAAUUCCAUUGCUAUUUUGGCUUGGCAGUGUUGGAGUUUGACCUCUCACCUCUCUAUUCAACAACUCAUUUUCUGUUCCUCAAUCAUUCUUAUUCGAUCUUAUCAAACUUUUAAGGUCUGUUUUGAUCUGUUUAGAUAGUAUCCAAUGAUGGAUUUAGCAUAUCAAACGUGCCUCCUACCUACUUAAUAAGCCUACCUACCAUGUGCCAUCUAUAUCUAUCUAUAUUGGAUUCCCUGCUGGUCUAAGCGCCAAGGUUGACUCAUGCCCUUAUCUCUUUCUUGCUGAAAUUCCACCAACCGAGGCUAGCUAGGCCAUAAAUAAUUUUCAGCUAAAAUGGAUGGUUGGUGUGAUUGUAUAUGGCUUGGGUUGGGAGUUAAAUUUGAAUUUAGAUAGAUUGAAAUUUUCAACCAUUAGGAAUGUAAAAUGGCAUGUUAUACUCUUGGUCGUUCACCAUUGGGAAUUCUAUCGUUUGACCAAACAAAAAAACAAAAGAAAAAAAAAAAAUUCCUACAAUUCUCACAAAAAAUAUAUAGUAUAAAAAAUCAUCAAUUGAUAAUUUUAGAACAGCACAAAUCCUCAACUACCAUUAUUUUUAAGGCAAAUUACA